UCGCGCUUAAAAUGUUUAAUCUCGGAAGUUAUUUUUCGAUUGCAAUUAUUGUCUGUAAUCUAUAUGGAUUGCAGGCAAAAUCCUUGGAUGGCGACUCUCCUAAAAGUGUAAUGAAUACUCCGGCGAAUCAACUGUGGGUAAAACUGUUACCAUUCUUCAAUCACGUUGCCAAGGAGAGCAAAUGCUAUGUCACAAGAGACCUCCAGAAAAUCCAAUCAGCAUUGCAGACUGACAAUCAGGGGAGACUAAGCAGAAUAGAGAGUCAGCUGGAAAUACUUAGGAAUAACAUCCCGGAAAACUUUGAGGAGAGGCUGGUCAGGAUGGAGGAGCAGCAGACAUCUUUACGAGAAAUUCUUAAGAAAAUUCAACUUGAUAUCGCGGAUCAACAGAAGUCUCUCGGGACUCAAUUAGAAGAACAGAAGUCACAGCUGGAAGCUCUUAGAAAAACUAUCCCAGAAAACUUCGAGGAGAAGUUGACAUCAUUGCAGGAAAAUUUGAACAAUGCCGUCCAUCAUCCAGGAGGAACUAAAAGGGGGUCACAAGGAAAUGCCUGAAAGUCGGGAUCAAAUCAAAAUCGUAUCGAAUGAAAGCCUAGACAGCAUUCCUCCCGGAUUUGAGAAAAUUGGAUCUCGUUACUUCUAUAUUGAAGAACAAAUUAAUACAGACUGGCCUGAUGCAAGGAAUAUCUGUCAAGAAAAAGGGGGUUACUUGGCAGCCAUCCAAAAUCAAGAGGAGUUCGAUGCUGUCGUACUGAAACUCAAGGAAAACAAUCGUUACUGGCUGGGCAUAAACGAUAGAAUCGUUGAAGGCGUCUACAUAUCUGAGGCUUCCGGAAAGAGGGCGCCAUUUCUCAAGUGGUUUGCCGGAGAUCCCGACAACAGAGACAACUACGAGAACUGCGUUGGCAUUGCUCUCAGCAAAGGUAUGGCUGAUUGGCCGUGUAGAUUUGCUUUUAAUUUCAUUUGCAGUUUAGACAAUUAUGUCUAG